CACACAUUGCAUGCGCUGAAACGAGGAUUCUGCACCGCAAGAAUCAUUCAAUCAAAGAAAGGCAACGACGUCAAUAUUUUUGGCAAAGAGAAUCGCCAUUAAUAACAUCUCUAAAGCUUCACUUAAGCAUAAGCCUCCUUUUGUUGGCUUCUCCACUGCUUUUGAACGUGCCGAGUUACUGUAAUUUUUUUUCCUUUCGUCAGGUUUGGCAGAUGAAUCACAGCUGGGUUAUUCUCUCAAUAGCCUAAACGAUUUGAUAAUUUUUCCUUUUUAGGGUAGCAAUGCAGUGGCAGAAACGAGAGGAGAAGGAACUGGCCCAGAUGGGACACCAGGGAUAUCGUCAGGUGCAGGUAAAGAUCCUGCGAGCCAAGGCAUGCACGAGGCCAAGCAACAAGCACUAGAUAUGGACGAGAGGUCAAGGACAGGAGCAACUCAGUUUGUAGCUGAUACAGCCAAAGAAGGGGUGAGAAAAGCUACGGAAAUGGCAGAUACAGUUGCAGAUACAGCCAAGAAGACCAUGGAUGGUGCUUGGAAAGCAAGUAGGGAGGCGAACGAGAAGAUUAGAGAGAGAGUAGUUGGUGACAAUAGUAAUAGCAAUAGAAAUAACGAGGAAGACCUAGUAGUUGUGGAGGUUGAAAAGAUUGAUGGAACUGUUGAUACAGUAGAAUAUAGGAACAUAGAAAUGAAUUGAGGAUUGGAGGAGUGCAGACCGAUGACAAACAUAUUUUCUUGUUGUUGAGGAGACUGGUUCAAAUACGAAAUCGGACUUGGAGGAAGGUUUUUUUUAAAAUGUAAGGUUUUUUAUUUUUAAACUCAAGUUUUCAAUUA